GGAAAAAAACUGAACAAACUCUACAGAAAGACAGAUUUAAGGGUGAGGUGAGGAAAGUUUGUGUCACAACAAAAAAAAACGAACAAUAUAUAUAUUUAUAAUAGUGAUAAUAGGAAGAAAUUGAGCGGGAGUCGAGACGCGGAAGAGAGUGUGGAAAUUUGGAUAAGUUGCCACGUCCUACUGAAAGAAGAGAAAGAGAGAAAAAAAAAACCCCAACAGCUUCAUUCAGUGCUUCCUGUUUAUGUCAAGGACAAAAAAAAAAACCCCAAACAAACAGUGUGAGUCGCGCGCACUGACUAUUUAAAAACAAGCUGAAAGAGGGAUCUUCUCUUCUACUACGACUUGUGCUACAAGUUGACUCGUUGGCGGGGCGUUGGUUUGUUCUCCCCCAGCCCUCCCCAACACUCAUCACUCUACUGUGCACAGACUCUCCACAGCCUCAGGAGGAAGGAUAUCACCCCAAUCCCUUCAUCACACUACUCUCCCUUUAUUUUUUUUUAUACGAAAAAAAAAAAACUAAUUAUAUAUCAUAUUUAAAAUGGCCGGAACGAACAGCAUCGACGCGGUGAAGAGAAAGAUUAAAGUUUUGCAGCAGCAAGCGGACGAGGCAGAGGAAAGGGCCGAGAUUUUGCAGAGGCAAGUCGAGGAGGAGAAGCGCGCGCGGGAGCAGGCUGAAGCCGAGGUGGCCUCUCUGAACAGGCGUAUCCAGCUGGUUGAGGAGGAGCUGGACAGAGCUCAGGAGAGACUUGCGACAGCCUUACAGAAGCUGGAAGAGGCGGAGAAGGCCGCGGACGAGAGCGAGAGGGGCAUGAAGGUGAUUGAGAACAGGGCGCUGAAGGAUGAGGAGAAGAUGGAGUUGCAGGAGAUCCAGCUGAAAGAGGCCAAGCACAUUGCAGAGGAGGCCGACCGCAAAUACGAAGAGGUGGCUCGUAAGCUGGUGAUCGUUGAGGGAGAGCUGGAGCGUACUGAGGAGAGGGCCGAGCUCGCCGAGGCUAAAUGCGCCGAGCUGGAGGAGGAGCUGAAAAAUGUCACCAACAAUCUAAAGAGUCUGGAGGCUCAGGCCGAGAAGUAUUCCCAGAAGGAAGACAAAUAUGAGGAGGAGAUCAAGAUCCUGACUGAUAAGCUGAAAGAGGCUGAGACUCGUGCCGAGUUCGCCGAGAGGUCCGUAGCCAAACUGGAGAAGACCAUCGAUGAUCUGGAAGAAAAGCUAAAAGACGCCAAGGAGGAGAACCUCAAGAUCCACGCCACUCUGGACCAGACCCUGCUCGAUCUGAACGAUUUCUAAACAUCUCGGACCAGGACCUUCCCUCGUUCCCCUUUUCAACACACUCAUCUCAUGUCUCUGAUUCGGUCCAAGUCGUGUAAUUUACCCUGGCGUUGCUUCCUAUCUCCUUUCCACUUCCUUCAUCUCGUUUUUUUUUCCUUUCCUUGUUAAAGCCGAGCUCUCAGAACCAACCAGCUCUGAAAGCAAAGCUCUCAAUCCCAUGCCACAUUUUUUUUUUUUUUCCUGUUCACUGAUUCCUGAGUGGAGUGCGGCCGAUUUGAGCAUCGCUCUGGUCCCAGAACUGUCUGAACUUUUUUUUUUUUUGCUUUUCUUCAUGUGCCAAAUCCCUGGGAUGUUUCAUCUGAGGCUUUAAAGUGUGUUGCUUUGGUUGUGACAAGGCAUAGGUACAGUUCACUCCCCCACUCUCAAAUCUCAACAAGAUCUCCAGACAUCAGCCUUUCCUAAAAGCCUGUUUUUUUUUCUUUCUAUUAAGUAUAAUCUUUGCUCUGUGGUAAAUGUGUGUGCUAAUGCAUCUGUCUGUCUCUCUUUCUUCUGUACUUAUCGCCGUUUUCUGCAAGCAUUUCGGACAGUUUCUACAGGUGAUGUCUUAAAAAAAUCUGGUUUCCAAAAACGAGAGCCUUUAAUCUGUGUGGUUUCCUUUUUCUCAUUAAUAUUUGUUUAAGUUCAGUUAUGUAUUGUGUCCGGGCACGAUAUUUAUCACUGGUGUACAAGUAAAAAAAAAAAAACCACUUGCCUUGUUUGAACCACUACAUGUGAAACACUCCACUUUUAAGGGCUCAUGGCAAACAUCAAGGCCUGAACUGAAAUUUCCUAUGCGUUUGUCAACAACGAUGAACUGUGCCUGCUUUUAAUAGAGCAAUAAAAAACAAUAUGCUCCUGACUGGAGCAAGGGUA